GUGAGCGCCGUUUUGUGGAGCUCCGGUCCGGGGAGGAGAGAGCGGGCCGCAGCCGAAGAGCCAGGAAAUAAAUAAAUAAAUAUACAUCAGAAACCGCUUCUGCCCAGCGAAAACAGAGGAGAUGCCGCACAAUUUUCGGCCCGGGGACCUCGUCUUCGCCAAGAUGAAGGGGUACCCGCACUGGCCAGCCAGGAUUGAAGAUGUUGCUGAAGGGGCUGUGAAACCGCCUCCUAAUAAAAUCCCCAUUUUUUUCUUUGGGACUCAUGAAACAGCAUUCCUUGCACCAAAAGACCUCUUUGCCUAUGAAAAGUACCAGGACCGGUAUGGGAAACCCAACAAAAGGAAAGGAUUUAAUGACGGAUUGUGGGAAAUUCAGAACAAUCCUCAUGCUUCUUACAGUGCGCCUGCACCUGCAAGCUCGUCAGAGAGUGAGGACAAUGAAGCUGCCGCAGGAAGUGAUGCACAAGAUGGGGAGGAAGCAGUGGUACCGAGGAAAGCAGAAACAGGAAGUGACGAUUCUGACUCCAGGAGUGAAGAUCAAGUGAGAGGAGCGGUCAAACGGAAAGUACCCCCAGCAAAGCGGCCCCCAGCAAAAAGAGGACGAGCGUCAUCCAGUGAGCGAGAUGAAGAGGAGAGUGGUUCUCCCUCAGAACCUGAACCUUCACCCAGCUCUGAGUCAGACUCUGGCAAAAACAGUGAUCAGGACUUCACUCCACAGAAAGAGUCGGGUGGCCGAGGUGGCAAAAAGCCUGCAGGCAGGGGCAGGAAGAAGAAAGCAUCCUCAGACUCUGAUUCAGAUUCAGGCUCCCAGUCUGAUCACAAGGUGGAAAGGAGUGAUUCUGAGGAUGUGAAGCCACGCCCAGCCAUCUCUGGAUCUGAAUCUCAGUCCGGAUCCAAGUCGGACUCUGACUCUGAGCCUCCACCUAGGAAGGGGCCACAGGCACGCAAGAAAGAGAAACCUCCACCGAAGCCACGUGCAAGGAAACCCAAACCAGCACCAGAAAGAGCUGCUUCCUCUUCUUCAGACAGUGACAGUGACAGUGAGACUGACCACAUCAGUGAGUGGAAGAAACGAGACGAGCAGCGGCGACGGGAGCUUGAGGAGCGAAGGAAGAAGCAAGAAGCAGAGGAACUCCGCCGACUGAGGGAGAGAGAGAAAGAGGAGGAUGAGAAAAAGAAGAAGGAAAAAGAGAACAAAGGACACCAUGGUAGUGGUACUAGUAGUAGCAGUAGCAGCUCGGACGAGGGUGUAGAUGAUCAUCCUCUCAAAAAGUCCAAGAAACCACCACCACCUCCCAUUCCUGCACCUUCAGACUCUGACUCACCACCACCUGCUGAGGUGAAAAAAGCAGCCAAACGUCAAGACAGCCAGAAAGGCAGGCAAAAGAAAGACAAAGAGGUAAAGGAGAAAAAGGAGAGGGAGAAGAAGGAGAAGAAGAUGCAGCGCUCUGAGGAAAAACAUAGAUUGAGGGCUAAGCCUGAGAAGCCAAGACGAAGACCUGAACGUGCACCUGAGAAGAAAGUGGAGAAGAAGAAAGAGCCAUCUCCAGAAGAGAAACUCCAGAAGCUUCACACAGACAUCAAAUUUGCCCUGAAGGUGGACAAUCCAGACAUAGAGAAAUGUUUACAGGCCUUGGAAGAGCUGGGAUCUGUUCAGGUCACCAGUCAAAUCCUACAAAAGAACACUGACGUCAUCACCACACUCAAAAAGAUACGCCGAUACAAGGCGAGCAGUGCAGUAAUGGAGAAAGCUACUGAGAUCUACAACAAAUUAAAGCUCCAGUUUGUAGGCAAGGUGGAGGCAAAUAAACCCAAACCAGAGGAGAAGGAAAAGGAGAUGGAUGAUAAAACAGAAACACAGAGUACAGAUUCCAAACCAGUGAACGGAGAGUCUGAAGCUGUAAAGAAGGAUGCUGUUUCUGAAUCUGAAUAUAACCCAAAGUCCACAGAGCAAGAGGAGCUAACUGAGGACAAGUCUCCAAACACCAACAGGCCUGAAGCAGACAGUCCUGCUGAGGAGCGAUCACACACAACUGAAGGAACAGAUCACACUUCCACUGCAGAAACAGAACCACCAGUACAGAGCUGAAGCUUGGAACUGCAGUUUUUUCUCAGCUGAACAGAGACCUUCGUCAUUGAUUUGUGUAUUCUGUGCAGACGUUAUUCUUUCUGUAGACUGCGUCCGUCUUUUACACACUUGUCCACCCUCUGACCCUUUUAUUAUUUGUGUUUUUGUCCACCAUUUAUGAGCACCAUUUUUUCAUGUUGUAUAUAAAAUGAGAUGGAUGUUGUUCACACUUUGAACAGGAAUUGAGACAUGAUGUGGUCAGCAAUAGCCUCGUACAUGUUUCAGUGUGGCAGAGAUCCUGCACUAAACAAUGUUUAGUAAAUGUGAGCUUGGGGGGGGUCAGCAUUAUUUAAAAAUAACUGAUAUUUAAAAGAAAUGCCAAGGCCCUGAUAUGAAUGGUGUGGUUGGUACUAAAUUAGCCACCUUUUGUUAGCAAGACUCCUGUUUUUUUCUGUUAUUUUCCUCUUUUUUUUGUAUAAAAAAAAGAAAAAGAAAAAAGUCCUGUUUUUCAUUACUGAGAUGCCUGUCUAAAUGGAGUCAUACGGCAGGAACUAAUGAAAUAUUUUCAUACAGUAGUCCAUGUGGCUUUUAACCUAUGUGGAGUAUGAUUUCUGACAAUAGCAUCUCAAUGGGCUUCUAAUGCUAGAUUCUGUUGUCAGGUUUUCCCAUGACUCAUUCUUUCUAGCGUCUGCACACCGAGUAGAAUGAAUUAGGUUGUGUACAGGAUUAAUGGCAUACAGAUAUUUUGGUUGAAGGCAACAUUUGCUCGUCUUGCGUAUUAUAGACAUGUUUUUAGUGCUCUGUAAAUUGGUCAAAUCAUUUUUAAUCAUUAAUGGAAAAAAAAUCAAUAAAAGUCAGCAUGGUGGCCCUAACUUUGAA